CUAAAAGUAAAAGGAAAAAAAAAAAAAAAGGAGAGGAGGGAGAAGGGGCAAGGGCAAGCGGCCAGCAGGUGCCAGGGCCGGGCUUUGUGUGCUGCGUGGUCCCUGUGCACACCCACCAGGGACACGCAGCCUUUGUCACGCUAGGACACCGCAGCAACCCCAGGCCCUGUGGCUGAUGAGGGCAAGCAGGGAGGCCUUGGCCUCCUCCCAAAACCUGGCAAGGGCUUCAUCUGGGGCUGGCCAGGCAGGGAAUGGCAGCAGUCCCCGCGUCCAGGCUCAGUCUCUGGAGCUGCAUGUCCCAGAGGCAGCAGUUUUGGCUACCUCCCUGUUCCCUUUACACUUAGCAAACUCAGCUGGCAUGCAAUGCUCAAAGCCCCGCUGGGGAGCACCAAACCUGACCUGUCUGACCCCUGACUCUGUCCCGCAUGUUAUGCAGCAGCUCGCCCAGGCAGGUCAGGAAGGUUUGGGGUCCAGGCAGCUAGGCACACCCAGGGGCCCCAAUGGGGUAGGCAGCAGGGUCAGACCCGUGGCACCGCUGGGGCCACGGCCGGGAUGGGCAGCGCAGCAGCACUCGGGCUGCACUGCCUGCCACACCUGCACCAAGGCACCCGGGAGGUUCCCAUGCAGCACACCAAGCACAACCGGGAACCCCCCAGAGGGAAGCAGCACCACGGGGUCCACGGGACACCUGGGAGGUUUAGGUUUCCCCAUCGAGUUGGAAACGCCGCCUGGAGAGCGACGCAGAAUGUUUGCCCGGGAAUUUGGGCUUACUUUAAACGGAAAAGCUGCGCCGCCCGGCGCUGCUGAGCUUUUUUAGCGGUCGCUCGGAAACUUGGUGAGUCAGGCAGGUCUUAUUCCUGCUCUGCCCCGGUCGCUGUGCCCGCGUCCCGCUGAUGUCGCUGGCUGUUACCGGCCCCAGCAGCUCGGCUCUCUCCCAGCGGUGCCCACAGCCCCAGCACAGGGAGGCAGAGCCCGUAUAAAUACGGCACCAAAUCAUUUAUCCAGCCUCGGGUGGGCUUCAGGCAGUUAUUGCCCAUGCGGCUGAAACAGAGGUAAAGGUGCUUGGGCAAAAAAUUUUAUGG